GAUACAUCCGUAUACCCAUACUAUGUAUUAGUAGAUAAAUCGUGCGCUUGCGUGGAAUAGACUUUGCACUUUUUGUUAUGUUCAUUUUGCAGUGAACGUAAAACCACAUGUAAUUACCAUAAUACAUGUUGAAAUCUGUUGCAUGAGUAUGAAGCUACGGUUAUCGGCUAGCGAAAGUGAGUUAUAAUUGACGCAAUGGCCAUUGAGGAUAGUAAUAACAACGUAUCCUUGCGGGAUGAGCUCGUCAGGACGGCUGUAAAAUUUUUACAAAAUCCCAAGGUACUUCCGAGUCCAUUGAAACAGAAACAGGAAUUUCUCCGAAGGAAAGGCCUUUCAGAAAACGAAAUUGCUAGGGCAUGCGAAUUUGCUGGUGCCAACCAAAUCGACGCAGAGGUUUCAUUUACUACUAAUCAAAAAGAGUUUACAGUCGUUCCUAUUAAUCAUGGUCACAGCUACCCACCUUACCAACUACAAUCGUAUCGUCGAACAACAUUUGAAAGAGUCAAAGAAAUUCUGAAUACUGUUGCUCUGUUCGGAGCUGCAACUUAUUGUAUAUAUUGGUUCUACAAGAAAUUUAUAGAGCCUUAUUUAUUUGGACGCAAGAGUCGCAAAUCUGUGGAAGAAUCUGUGACAGAUUUAGACAAAACGAUUAAAACCUCAUUGAAAGAAAUGAAGGACUCUAUUUCCAAGGUAGAGGUUGACGUCAGUAAACUGACCGAAAACAACUCCAUCGAUCCUAGCAUACCACAGCUUGUGCAAGACUUGAAACAGGACUUGGCCAGUCUCAAAGGUCUACUGCUAUCUAGAAAACAAUUUCCAAGUGUACCGGCAUCCAUUCCAACUUGGCAGCUAGCAACGUCGACAGUAAGAGAGAAAACCGGCGAUAGAGAAGAUCUGGAUGAUGCAGGGAGUGGUAGCAGCACCAACAACUCCGAUAGUUCUUUGGAGAUGAUAAGAGAAGAUCCUCCAAAAAAUUGAUCCAGCAUUAAUCGAACUUGCGAUUUUAUUUCAUUUGUAGACUUGCUGUACAUGCCAAUCUUGUGGUUAUCCUAAUGUGUAUAAAUUUCGAUCGAUACAAGGACAGCCAAUAUAAGUUAUGCUAACGAGUAAGGAUCACUACAAUAAGCUGUUGAAACUCAGAUCAAUAUCUUUUUUCUAUGAGGAACAAGUUUGGAUAAUCUCUCGAUCUCCCUACAAGUGUAUGAAAAUUUAAAAUCAUGAGUUAACUGCUGAGUCUCAAAUACAAUGUUUCAUUACACCAAUUAUUUUACACUUAUGGUAGACUUUUUUACGCGCAUUAUUAUGGAUGUUGGAACAAUCAUUGUUUUGUACAUAUAAGAAAAGUGCUUCAUUGUUACGCAGGUUUCUUGUUAGUAUAUUACUCAUACAAAUCAGUCAUACGAUAAAUUGCCAAAUAUACGAAUAAAAACAGA